AUGGUCGAUCAUCAUCACGCAAUACCCGAACUCUCAGAAAGAGAGAGGUGCAUCGUUGAAAACCCAGGUGGCUUCUGCACAGAGAUCUAAACAACUAAUGAUUUAUUUAACUCUGUGAUGGCUGCAUCAAACUAUCUGAAAAAAAGAUUGAACACUGAAAGAGUAGACGUUGGUGUUAUUUUUGGCAGUGGGCAUUUAAGUCUUGCUUAUGAAGUUGAGAAUCCUUAAAUUGUGAAAUAUAUCGAGAUACCAUUCUUCCCAGUAUCUACUAAUCUAGGUCAUGGAAGAGAGCUGGUCUAUGGUCAGCUGCAUGGCAGAAAUGUGAUCUUGUUCACUGGAAGGAUACACAUAUUUGAGGGAUACAGAAAUUACUACCUUACAUUCAUGGGUUAGCUGUGCGCAUUCUUAGGCUGUUAACUGCUGAUAUCUACUAAUAGUUGUGGAGGAAUUAGCAAUUAACUUAAUGUUGGAGAUUUUGUCAUAAUGUCUGAUGGAUUAAACUGCAGCUAUCUUCCAUUUUUAAAUGGUAAUAUCCCUCUAUUAAACCUUUUAGCUAAUAUUUAUGAUAAGAAAUUUUCUCUGAAGCAACAUGAAAACUACUUCAAAUCAGGUUCAUUUGUAUACACUCCUGAGUUGAUAGAAUUCGCUAGACAGUGUGGAAAGGAAGUUGGACUUGAACUAAUGGAUGGAUGCUACAGCGUAUGGCCUCUACCUAACUUUGAAACAGCUGCUGAAAUCUAAUUUACUAAAGAAAUAGGAUCUCUUGUUUCAGGAGCAAGCACCGUUCCAGAAUAGAUGGCUGCAACAAUGCUAGGAGUUAAGUGUCUAGGAUUCGCUGCAGUAACCAACCCAGCCACUGGUACCACAGAUGGAAGUUGGGUUCACGACGGGGAACAUAACCUUAUUGCUGCAAAGAAAUGCCUUCAGGGCCUAAGAAAGACCAUUUGGAAAGUUAUUGAAAAAUUCGAAUUUGACUAAGAGCAUAGAUUUACUCAUAAUCAUUUAGACUAGAGUUUCCUUUAACUUGCGAAAGUGCCAAAAUAACUAGAUAAGGAAUAAGUUAUAAAUGGGCUAAUGGCCAAGAUAUAAAGCUACAAAGUAGGCCAUCCCAACAUUGAUAGAGUACUCUGGUUUAUGAGCGAAAGUCUUUAUAAUCAAUAUAUGUCUCAAAAUAUUAAAUAAGUUAAAGAUCUUUAUUUCAUAAAUCUAAACUCUGUCUAACCAUUCAGAACUAGAUCAUAAACCCUAAGUGUUAAGGAUAGUUCUUUUGAUAGCUAAGUUAGUGAAGUUGGCACCUAUUUUAACAAGAGAUUCUAUAAAUUUACUGAUGAAAAUCUCGAUCAUCUCGAAGAUAUUCCUUAUCAAUAAAUCAACAAUCUACAUUAAGUUACCCUCUUUGGGUUUGAAGGUCCUAUGUAUCCAACAAAGACUGAACUAAACUAAGCUAUAUUAACAGAUUUUGACGUUUAUACAAUUACAAACAUCAGUUUUAUGGAUUUGGCUUUAAACAUGGGUUUUGACUCUAAAACUUUUGCUUGUACUAACGACUAAUCAGAUUAAAAGGUUCUUUAAAAUUCACUUGACUAAAUUUAUUCUCAAACACUACAAAAUUAAAGUAGAGUACAUGAGAAAAGUCAUUAUAUGAAGAAAAGGGUGAGUCCUAUUUUUGACUUUGAAAUCAACGUCGUUCAUGAUUGGACUUCAAUAAAUGAAGCUGCCUUGUGUUUAAGAGAGAUGAUUGGUACACAUGAUGAUGUCAUAGUCUUUGACCAUGAAAUUACUUCAGUAUUCAAAGAGUCAUCCUAUUAAAUUCAGAAGAAAGUCAUGCUAAAUUUACUCGACUUUGGUGACAAAUAAGUCGAAGUACUUCUAGUAAAAACUCCUGAAGGUAAAAGUGUUGUCAUCAUCACUGACACUAUGACUUACUAAUCUCAUGUACCAUAUUAGUCAAUCAUAUUGCCAAUGAGAGUCGUCAUAUUGGGAACUGAGGCAAAGAAUUUCAUAGUCUGUCCUAAAGUCUGGAUGCUAAAAGAUAAAUAGACAACUGGGUCUCUUUACGUAGUUAAUGAUCAUGCAUGUCUGAAUGCUCAUUCUCCAGGUAUUGGAGUAAAUUUGAAUGAGUAAUAUAAAUUAGAUUAAACUUUUACUAGAUAUGGAGCAAGAUUCUACGAUUGUUCCUCAACCUAUGAUAAAGAUAUAACUCAAACUCUAAAAGAAUAAGUUAAAUAAUCAGGAUAGAGUUAUCAAGAUGGCGCUGUAUUUUGGAUAAACAAUACCUCUAUACCAUCUCAAGCAUUUGAAUAAUUAGCUAUUGGCUUAUCAAAUCAGAAAGUUGAAUUCAAUGCGAUGGUAAAAUCUGGAGUGAGUGAGCUUUUAGCUGUUCAACAUAGAAAAACAAAGGAAAGUAGAUUCAAGUUGAGAUCUGGAAUGAUAGGAUUAGUAACAGAUUCAGUUAUAAGAUCUCAAAAACUAAAUGAUUCAUUCAAUCUAGGGUGCAAAACUCUCUUUGGUGUCCUUUUCAAUACUCUCAAAGAAAUAUCCAGAGAAAGAUAGUGA